AUGACACACAAGAGCAAAGGAGCGACACCGACUGGACAAAGAAUGAUCUUUACAGGUCCGGAUGGUGUCGGCAACUACAGGCCGAGGCUGCAUCAUUCCCCUCAGUACGUGGGUGUGGGCUCCCUGUCCCCCGAGGCUACGGGCGACCUCACCUAUCUGACACGGGCCGCACCGCACGCCCCCCCACCUCUGCCCAAACAUGCCUUGGUGGGCGAGGUGGGCUGGGGCUGGCAGUACAACCAGCUGGUGAACAGUGAGACCUUACAUAGCGGCAUGCAGAUUAAGCGGAGUCCCGCUGUUACACACGCGCUGCUGACGUUCCUGGGCAUGGAGCAAAUUCUCGCGUGA